AUGGGCCGCAGCAAAGCCGUUGUAGAAGACCUAUUAGACAACUUGCCAGGAGUGGUUCAUGUUCAGUCCUCUCCAUCACAGUCCCAACCCAAACCAAAAAGAGUGAAGAAGGCUAGGGCCAAGGCAAUAGUGACUCAGGUUGACUCUGAGGACACUGUGCCGAUCUCCAAGCUGGCUGAGAUCAAGAAGAGCUCAACUGCCGCCGAGAAGAGUCUUGCCGAGGCCGAGCCAUCCGACACCACUCGAUCGAAGAAGCCGAGGUCCAAGGCCACCGCAAACCGAAGUGCUUUCAAAGUCGAUGAGCCUUGGGUCCCUGCAAUCAUGGUUGGGGACCGACCAAUCAAGGCCAGCAAUAGUGCCAUCGACAGUAUCGAAGUCGGCGUCGCUCUCUCCACCGUCGUUCUUCUGCCUACCGAUCUAAAUCCCAUGGCAGAGAUCACCGAAUACAAGAAUUUUGCUUUAAUGAUGCAACACUCUGUUCUGACUAAGGAAGCUACUGGCUUCCUCUCUUCCCUCAACAACAUUGAGGCGAAGAUCAAAGGCUUGAUAGAUCAGGCUAAGGCUGCUAAAGCUGCCCAAGACACAGCCGAAGAAAGGGCUGACGCGGCGGAGGCUGUGGCCGAGGUGCUUAAAGUCGAGGCCAAGGAGGCCGAGGCCAAAACCACCGAUGCCAAAACCGUCGAGGUCAAGGCAGAGCUCCAGGAGGCUCUGGCUACUAAAGAGGUUGAGAUCAAAGUAGCUGACGAGAAGGCAUUCUCUGAGGGAGACAUAAACCAACUCCAAGUGCCUUUUCUUCCCUCUCCAAAAGACUCCGAGGACGAAGCCAAGGACGAGGACGUCGAGACUGACAAUGCUGAUGAAGAGGAGGCUGCUACUGGGGCCAAUCCACCACUCUGA